CGCCUGCGGACGGAUGACCAGUGUUUGAGCGCAAGACAGAGUAAAUUAUCUUUAUCAUUGGAGUAAACUUUACUCGUUCGCUGAUGGAACACAAGAGGAAGAAGGGUCAACUCGGCUCAAGCUUAUCUCGAACUGGCAUGAGGAUGAUUGGAGAUUCGGUCGCAUUUUGACCCUUCAACGUCGAACCCUGCCUCCCUUGAAUCUCGCCCUCCCACGCCGUCAUUUGUAGCUGGGGUGAAGCUCCUCAGAUCAUUACAGUCUUGAACGAGUCAAGUUGGUAGAGUAUUGCUGGCGACGUUGUCAAGAAACUUGUUCGAGUUUCGUAUCUGUUUGGUCGUCGAGAAAUUUCGAGGAAAAGAAGAUGGGAACAAUGUUUGACUCGCGAAAUUCUUGAUUCUGUCCUCUUCUUCUUCUUCUUCUUUUAUCCGUCCACUUUCUUGGGUGGAUUACUUAAUGAGAGCUGGCUGAAGGAAGUGACCAUAUUCGCUCUUUAGUUGUUUUGAUUACUGCGCUGAAGGACCUUGUGACCCUGUUGUUGAAGAGGGGUUUUUGAGGGUUGUGUCUAAGAUCUGAGUUCUCACAAGCUGAGAGGGGUGCUUCAAUUCUGAAUCUAUUUCGGCUAGUGUCCGCCAAACAAUCUUUUGUGGAAUCAUGGGUACCAUCCCGAAUACAGUUCACUAUUGUUCCGUGUCAAGGGGAAACAGAAUACUUUAUGCUUAUAAUGAGGGCAACCCUGAGCUAGAUAAUUUGGGCGCCUUGUGCUUGGAAAACACUCCUUCUUUCCAUAGAUGGUACUUUGAGACUGUGGGUAAGAGGACCUUCGGAUUUCUGGUGGAAGAUGGUUACAUCUAUUUCACGAUUCUUGAUGAGGGUCUCAGGGACCGGGGUAUCCUACAGUUCCUUGAGCACGUGAGGGACGAGUUCAAGAAGAUUGCUAGAAAGGGCUCUAGGGGAAGUUUGUCGAGUAUUAACUCGGUCAUAGUACAGGAAAAGCUAGUACCUGUAAUACAGCGCUUGAUAACUUCGUUGGAGCAUGUUCCUCAGGGUUGUGAUGACUGGCCAAUUGAAAUUGCUGCAUUGGAUCAGGCAGGGUUGUCCCCGUCGCCAAGUAACAUGAAUGGGGAAAAUGGAAUUGGUAGCUCCACUAAAGCCCCUUUGUUGGGCAAGAUCGGUGUGCAAGAGAAGAAGAAGACCAAGGAUCAUGUUGUUGUGAUGCGGGAUAUUGAAUUGGAGGAGCACCGGAGGUCAUCCGACAGAGGAGUCAAAGUUGAUUCUGCUGGCCUGGACUCUACCAACCUAAGCAGAUCAGGUUCUGCAGUUUUAAUGCAGAAGGAUUAUGGUUCCAUGAGGAAUAGAUCAGGUUCACAAAACAUUAGAAAGAGAUGGUGCCGCCUAGUUCGCAUUGUUCUUGCCAUUGAUGCUGCUGUCUGUGCAGUUCUCAUUUCCAUUUGGUUGAUGAUUUGUCUCCGAACUGAAUGCAUGCGCUGAAGAAUUUUCUCCACUGUGAUGCUGCAAUUUUUAUGAAGAUGGUUAAUGGAGGGUUACUACAACUCAGCUUCCAAUUUCACAUACCAAAGCAGCUGGCUUCUUGGCCAUUUUGAGAUCAUGAAGUGAACUUUUUCAAGGAAGGAUCUGAGUGGGAUGUUCUUGAUAUUGUUGACUUGUCCCAUAAUCCUCUUGGAGGUAAUGAUUUACAUUGUAUCUGUGAUACAGUGAAAGUCAUUGGAUCUAGGGUCCACUAUGCAAAGGGAAAGAACAUUAAGAUGACAAGAAAUCAUAGGCAUCUUGGUUGGAGGGUCUAUACCAUACUUGCAUUGGUGACAGGUGUAAUUUUUUUACAUAUUGAAAAUGCAAGUCUCCCUUUUCCAUCUGUAGUUGCACCUCUUUAGUGUCGAAAACAUGUUGUAAAUCUUGCGGUUUUUUACCUACAUGGUCGAACCCUUUGUAGUCCAUAUCAUUGCUAAAAUACUAAUUACGCUUUUUUU